AUGCCUUCUCUUAACGUUGAUCUCCUCAAUGCGGCACUUUCUGCCAUAACAGAAACCCAUCAAUUUGUAUCAGAAAAAGAAUUUCGAAAACAGACUUCCCAUGAGCAAGUCAACUUGAACUCGAUUAAUCAAUUUAACCUUGGAGGUGAUGACGCCAAUUCCAUCAUCAAACGAAGCAUUCUGCCAGCGCCCGUAAGCUCUACUGUCGACGAAACAAGCACGUAUCAACAAGUCGACUUGGACUCAUUUCAUCAACUUAGCCUUGUCGGUGGCGAUGUCGGCUCCAUCAUCAAAAAUGUCACUAACAGCCCAGAAAUCAAAGAACUCAUACAACUCUUUGUUAGUACUCUUACUGGGAAAGUCUUAACCGUGCAAUGCCAAAAAAGUGAUACUGUUGAUAAAGUAAAAGAAUUAAUUCAAAACAAAGAAGGCCUUCCGCCAGACAAACAAAGAUUGAUUUUUGUAGGCAAACAGAUGGCGGAUGACU